AUGCGGUGGGUGCUGGACACACGCCGUCUUGGACGCCGUUCGCGCCGAAUGGACCUCUCGACGGUUGCUGCGACGGGCUUUGCGCCAUCGACGCCUCCGCACGCAUGGACCCCGGAGACUUUUGCGUCCUACUUGGCCAACGAGACGCCCAAGUUUGUCGCGUUCGUUCACAGCAGCUUGCUGGCGCUCCAGACGCCUGGGUCGUCUGCAUGCCACCUGCGCUUCCUCGACAAGAUGCAGAUCGAGCAAGCGUCUGCGUGGACUUUGGACCAUAUUUGCUACCGCUGCGAAGAGGAGGCCGAGUACACGCACUUGGCGCGCACGGUCUUGCCCGCCAUGGCGACGCUGCUCGUCGAGUCGGAGGUCGGCGGGCGCCCCAUCGCGACGUUCAAGCUCCACGCUGCGAUUCCCCUUGCAGGCGGCUGCAGCGUCGAUGUGCUCGAGGUCCCGAUGCCCAAGCGCGGGUCCUUCUACAAGCGCGGCCUCGAGCACGCCGAGAUCGUUGUGCCCUUUGACCUCGUUCAGUUUAUCAAGGCGCAAAAGAACGAUGAGAUCGUGUGGGACCUCAAAGGCAUGGCGAAGGACUUCAACCGCGAGGCUCGCAUCGCACUCGGCGCCAACUAUAGCGUCAAGUUUCACGAGCAGACGCUCGAAUCUGUGAUCGCCGAGGAGUUGCGCUUACUGCAGCACGAGUCGUCGUAAUGACAAAC